AUGACCACAGAGUACUAAAAAUGGACUCCAGUUGAUCUCCGCAAUUUAGACCUUCGUGCCGUCAGUAGGGGUGAAUGUCGCGCAUGCGACACCCUGUGUGGCCGACCAUCAGGUGUAAACGACAUGGCUGACAGCGAAUUUGAGGAAUUUCGUCGAGUGUUCGACAGAUUACCACAACACAUCAAGGCUCCGACCCCCUUCUAUUCACUAGUGCCAAAUGUGGGUUUGGACGAUGAAUCACCGUCGUCGAAAAGUGAAGGUUCUCCAGAGAACGACAGAGGUUGUGUCGGUGAUGGUGAAACCACAGUGCAAGAAGAGAACGUUUCUGAACCCCAGCAGACAGACAUAAACGAUGCUCAACGCAGUCCUAACCACCAAUCAUUCACAAACGGACAGCGGAGAAGAAGAAAACUACCAGAGAUACCGAAAGACAAAAAAUCUACGAUACUAGCGUGCAGUCAGCCGACAUCCCUCGCUGACGAACUGGGAGUGCUCGUCCGGCCCGGUUGCCAUGGGCGACCGCUGCUGGUGCUCAAAUGCGGCUACCUUCUGGAUGAAGACUCGAGCCCUGACUCUGAGCGUCUACAGAGCCUGGGCGAUGUUGACAGCGGACACAGUACUGCACACUCGCCCAUCGACACAGGCCCGAAGAGCUUAUCGCCGACGCCAUUACAGCAAAAUGUAUCACCAUCAUCAAGUUGCAGCAUUAGCGGCAUCAACUUUGCCGGCAACAUGACGACAGUUCCCCAUAGUCAACUCGAAAUGUUAGAAGCUACUCAUAGAGGCCUACACAAGUUCAAUCCUAGGCACCAUGAUGAGAUAGAAGUCGAAAUCGGAGAUCCUAUAUAUGUACAAAAGGAAGCUGAUGACUUAUGGUGUGAAGGAGUCAAUCUUAGGACAGGUCAACAAGGAAUAUUUCCAUCAGCGUAUGCUGUUGAUAUGGACUAUAAUGAUUUUGAUCCAGCAAAUGCCAAAGUUAAACGGGAAAGAUAUUUACUAGGAUACAUGGGCUCGGUAGAAACAUUAGCUCACAAAGGAACUGGAGUGGUAUGCCAAGCUGUGAAAAAAAUUGUCGGAGAAUGCAGUGGAGAGCCAACAUUACAACCGUGUAUAUUGGAAGUAUCGGAUCAAGGGUUACGUAUGGUCGAUCGAUCAAAAGCCGAUAGGAAUCGGAGCGCCCCUUGUAUCGAUUACUUCUAUUCCCUGAAGAACGUUUCAUUUUGCGCUUUUCACCCGCGAGACCAUCGAUAUUUGGGCUUCAUCACAAAGCAUCCUACGUUGCAACGGUUUGCUUGCCAUGUAUUCAGAGGACAAGAAUCCACCAGACCUGUUGCUGAGGCUGUGGGACGAGCGUUCCAAAGGUUUUAUCAAAAAUUCAUAGAAACGGCGUAUCCAAUUGAAGAUAUUUACAUUGAGUAAUCUGCGGCAGUCUAUAUCCAAGAAUUGUUUUGAGCGAACUUUUUAAGAAAUGAUUCUUUUGUAACUAAAAUUCUUCGUUUAUUCCGUUUAUUUUAUCCUGUCCUGCUAGUAUUCCGAUGAUCGAAUUGUUUCUAUUUUUUUUCCAAACUGUAAGAGUAGCUACACACAUAAUCGGGUCGGCAUUAAUCGCCGCAGCCGGGAGGUAAAAUCGAAUAUGUGUCCAUGGACUAUUCGGCAGUAAUUACUACGGGUCGGCUUUGUUGUUCGACAAAUACUGCGGAACUGACUAUGCCGGCUCGAUUAUGUGUGUGGCUACUCUUAGCUUGAUUCCGAUGAUCGAACUGUUGGGACAUAAAUUUUAAUAUAGAUUUAUCUACUAGUUGAUCCAACUCACUUCGUAGAGCUUAAGUGUCGUCGCACACGGGCCACCGACCACAACCACAAAACGCCGCUACCGGCAUAUUUCUUGUAGUUUUCAUACAUUUUAUGUGGACUCGUCACACACGGUACGCUGGUGGCCGCCACACGCUACAAAUCGUCGUUGCUCGCUUCUUGUUCUACCGGCCACUUAAUGCGCCGAUACAAAACGCCGCCACACAUCACCCGCGCAAUUCCCCACCCCUCUCUCCC